AUGGAGAGAUGCAGCGCUUCAAGUGCUUUUCUUAUGUCUGUUAACGAUCGAGAAAAUCUAUUCAUCAUCAAAGGAAGUCUUGUGACAAAUAUAAACUUUUAUCGUACAUCAGUGAAAGGUGUCAAUAUCCAUAUAGCUUUAAAGGAAUUCAUAAUCUCUGCGGGCGCUUUAAAUUCCCCAAAGUUGUUAGUGCAGUCUAGAAUUGUAAAGAAAGUUGAUUUGGAAUCACAUGGGAUAAAUUUCAUUAAGAAUGCACCUGUCGGUGAAAACUAUCGAGAUCAUGCUACAGCUGCAUACUUAAUAAAAGUCAAUCCCAAUGCACCUGCACAAGNAUAA